UAAAGGAUUCUUUCUGCUUGUUGGUUCUACUGGCCAUACCGUCAGCAUCUCCUUCCAGCAUCGUGGUCGUGUGUUGAAUCAUUGAUGUGAACGAACUCCUGUCCAUAGGCAAACUUGCAUCUAUGAUGGAUUGACUACAACAAGUCAUCUUUUUCAAGUACUUACAUGGGUCUUUAUCUUUUAUGUUUAUCCCCUUCCCUCGUCUAGUAGACUAGUACUAGUAGUCUACAAAAACUAUAUUAAACAACUACAACAACUACUGCUUCUACUCUCUCGUUUUAGUUUUCGUCCUACAAGAACUACAACUACUAUGGUCCUCUAACUAACUUGCAAUCGUUGGAGCUCUCAUUUCCAACUUCUACGAACAAGAGCAUCAAAAAAAAUGGGCCGUUCUCGUUCGCGCAGUCGUGGUAGGAGACGGGAGAAAGAGGAUAAGCCUGCCGAUGGUAAGCGCAGUCGGUCAGAGGAGUCAGCGGAGAGGUCAAGGGAGCGAGAAAAACGCCGCAGGAAGAAGCAGAGGGGGUUCAUGCAACAGCAGUCAAAUAAAGGAUCCUCAAAAGGAGGCAUGAAUCCAAGUACUGCUCAAAGAAAUUCAUUCAUCCUUUAGGACGUACCAGGAUCUGCUUCAUCUCGCUGAUAGUCGAGAAUGACUAUUUGAGAUGCACACAUGACAUUAGGAGUCAUUUUCAUUUUUGUUUAGAAGCACGGUCUUGAUCAUGUGAUACUUCAACGUUUCCGCAUACUUAAUCAAAUGCUGGCAGAAGUUGGGUCAAAAAUGCAAAUACAGCGAAAUGUUCAUCGAUCUCGAUGCGAAGUUUAAGGAAUCCAUUUUAUUUACAGUUACUCGAACAUGUCCAUUUCUCUCCACAUUUACUUUCAGCAAAAAUUACCUUGCACAGGCACACGCGCAGGGAUGUUUUGGGAUGGAUUUCAAUGGAUUCCGUCUGAAUCAAGUACCAACAACGCAGCCGCAGCAGCACAGCGGAAACUAAAGCGGCUGUACAUUUAUGUAUAUGACUUAUAUAAUAAGUAGCAUCUGGCAAGCUGAUCAAAAAUCACGCUCUUGCUCCGUCUAUGGUACAACCAUUAUGACUCCAGUAGUUUUUUCAGUAUACAUGGCAGAAGUGUUCUUCAUGAGUUGUCCGUAGACGUAGACGGUAGAAGUACUACACCUUACUAGAUUCAAAUAGCAACUGACUCUCUGGUAGAUGAAGUACUACAACUUACUAGAUUUUAAUAAUAACUGACUCCGUUCUAAUCUCUCGGAAAUGUCCCUGUAGGAUGCAGUGAGGAGCUUUUUAAGAUAUCGCUCAUCGAAAAAAUGCGGGAAUCAGAAAUUAUUCCGCCAGAUCGCGAAUCGCAGUCCAUGCAGCUGCUCAUAUGGUAACUUUGAUUUUUGUAGUGGUAGUAUAAAAAAAAGUAAAAAAUGUAUCAAAAAAAAGUAUGCAAGUCUGUACUUGUUGAUGAUGAAAAUUCGCUCGAGCACCUAUAGAUAUCUAUGGUUAUGAUCUUUUUGAAUUGCACUUGGUGACGAUAGUUACUUAAUCAAGAAUGCAUGCAACGAGCACCCAACCACCUCUACUAAGGUUGCAUCAAGAGCACCAGUAUGGUUUUGUCGAACUUGAGAGUGUAGAGAUGGCAGAGAAAGUACUGGCAAGACUAGACGGAAUGCUUGUGAACGGAAAUCCAGUACAGAUAAAACGCCCAAACGAUAGCUCUGUUGCAGCCAGAAAUAUUCCGGGAGUUGCGCCUGGAGCAGGUAAAAGUAGAAUGUAAAGAUUAACUUGAUCCAAAUGACGCCACUGAUUGAGAAUGUCAACAAAGGGGAAGCACAUCAGGACUUGGUAGUGAUAUUGAAGAUAUGACUACUUUUAUAUCUGUGAUCAUGAAGAAGAAAAUAACAUCAUAACUUUGGCAGUAUUGCACUCAAAUUUAUCCAUAGUCGCCGGCGCUCCACUCGCGAUUGCGGCGCCACCAGUAUGCACAUCACGCAUAGUGCAAAUUAGUGACGCGCUCCAGUAUGACCCCUACAGCACAGUGCACGAAGACUUCAUUGAUACAGUGGAGGAUAUGGUAGAGGGCUGUUCGCAACACGGCAAGAUCAAUGCCGCCAACACGCGCAUUAUCAAGCAGGAACACUUGCAACUGCUGCUGGACGCGGCACUCGCAGAUCAUGUCCAGGUACAACAAGUGUGCUUUAGUCAACAGUUUUCUACCCACCCUUGUUCUUGUUCGUCUGAUAUUUUAUCUCUGUAAAGAUGAACGCAUGAUCGUCCCUUGUUGUUCGUCUGAUAUUUUAUCUCUGUAAAGAUGAACGCACUACCAUUAUCUUCUGCAGCUUGCUAGAAAUAGAUACGAAGAUCAAUUACAGUUACGCGACCAUUUACAUUUUUAGAUUCCUUAGAAUAACUCAAAACCCUAGAUCGGCCAUGUCUUUCUGGAAUUUUUAUCGAUGGGUGACGCAAGCCAAGUGAUGAUGAAGAUGCAGAACCGGAAAUAUGAUGGGCGAUUCUUGCGAUACCAGAGUUUUCCCGAGGACAAGUUCUACGCGCAUAUUGUCCCUCUCUCACCGCCGCAAUAGAGAUAGACAUAGUAGAGCAGGAUGAUUCAAGUGAACAAUUUCAAUUAUACAAGAAGUUGAAGUGAAUAUCGCGUGAACGCCUUCACCGACCACGUGUCGUUGACAACGGUACAACCUCAGGGAAGGAGAUCAUGAAUGCCUCUUCUGUUUCAACAUCAGAGCCAGAUUUAGUAUUUGAUCCUCUGAAUGUUCAAGAUCAGAGCCUCGUUCAUGGUCCGGCGACGAGGAGGACACUCGCACGAACAUCCUCGACAUGUUCAUGUUGUGUGCCCACAUAAGGGUUCUCAAGGGUUCUCAAGAACAAGAACCACGAU